GUCAUUGUCAUGCGCGUACGUCAUGUUUAAUACCUUGUAGUGUGUGUUUAUUGUACGUAUUCUAAAUAGGGGUAUUAAACCAUCGAAAACUUUGACAAAACUUUAGUAGAUAUCAAUAAAAUGAAUCGUUCUUGGAAUAAAAAUUCCAAUUCCCCUGCAGGAUUUGUUUAUUUCAAUCAAAAUUCUCAGAAAGAAGCUACAGAUUUUAUAGCAUUUCAAGAUAGCCCCAAACAAAGCAACACAUAUUCACCGAAAUUUCACAAUAGCCCCAGAAAUUUCAACGACAGAAAUAAUUUCAGGUAUUCCGGUGGACAUAAAAAACCUUUUUAUAGCCCUAAUUGUAAAAAUAUUUCAUGGCACAAACAGAAACAAACAAAUACUUCUUGGAAGGAGAAAAACCAGUACGAAAAAAAGCACACUAUACCUAAUCCAAAAAUGAUGAGUGCCGAUGGACAAAGAGACAUGACUCUAUAUUACGACCCUACUUGUGUUUUGAAUCCUUGGGAGGAAUUGGAAAAACAAUUUUUCGGGAAGAAAAAUGAAGAAAAUAAAACACCGGAGAUUAAUAAUGAUGAAAAAACUACAAUAAGUAGUAGUGAUAGCAGUAAAAAAGACUCGUCGAGUUCUAGUGACGAAGAAAAUGAUUCGAGCGAAGAAUCAAGUGCAAGCGAACAAAAUGAAACAACGUAAUAGCGUUAUAAAAUUGUAAGUUACAUAAAACAUUAAAAUGAUGAAAAAAUAUCAAUCACCAAAGUACAAAUUAGUGAAAAUAUUAUUUUUAUAACGAAUGCAAUUUUAUUAGAAAUAAAUGUACAAAUUAUUCACUAGUUACACUGAUAAAAGUUGAUCGAGCUCAAUUUUAUUAGAUUUUUAAUGAUCAUUUUGAUGUUUUAUAUUUUAGUGUUUAACUUUAUUGUUUUAAAAUUAAAACGGGAAGGCAAUAUUAAUAAAUUAUUUAAUUUAAAUGGAAUAUUUAUAUAGUUAAUAUGCAUUAGAAAGACCAAUAGUAAUAAUAAUUAAUAUAUUAUUUGUCAACAUUGCAUAUAAAUCAGCCCUAUGGGGCUGUCUGGCCCUUGGUUUCAGGAUCUUUUGUUAUUUCGGUACUUUUCGGCCUUAUUCUACUAAUUUUCCACUUUUGCUAUUAUCAAAUUUCUUCUAAUUUCCUAUAGUUAUUUUUUUUUGGUUUUCUUCUUAUUUAUUUCUACCUUCUUCACCUUUUGUCCAUCUAUUUUCUGUUAUUCUCUCUAUUUAUCCCAAUCGUGUAGCUAUUUGUGGUUUAAUUAUGUUUGGGUACUAAAAAGAAACUAGAAAAAAGGUUUGUACCCUUUAAAAAGAAAGUAAAAGAGCAUGAACUAAACAUAAAUGAACAAAUAUAUGGAGAUGGGAAGGAAUUUGAAAAACUUCGACCAAAUAAAAGUGACAAUAGUGCAAAACUGGGAGUAUGGAUUCGAUAAAGUCCAUUAGUUCAAAUAGUUGGAAGUGACUGUGAUUAGCUAGAGGGAACAACACGUUUGGAAUCCUAAGAGAAUUAGUAAGAUCAAAAGAUAAUUCAAGAGGCGUUAAAUUCCAGUUUAUACAACCAAUCCCAUUGAUCUAAGGUAUCAUGGGACUCUGAUUAAGAGACAUUUUAGUACACUUGUUUCCUUCCCGGUUCUCUGAAAGAAUAGUUUCGUCUUCCGGUAACCACAAUGAUUAUAAAACUGAAUAUACAAGCCGUAAAUUGCAGUAGAUUGAUCCAAGUGGUUUCAAUUUUCCCAAUGAUCUAGAGUAUCAUGCGAUUCUAGUUAAGAGACACUUUGGUGCAUUCUUUUUAAAGUUUGAAUUUCUUUGGAGUACCACUGGGUUCAUUUUUGGACGUGUUUAGAUAUAUAAAUGAUCUUCUGGUUCUGGUGAGUUUUUUUAAUCCAGAUGCAACAAAUAGUUACUGCCAUACAUCACAGUAAAUUGAUUCGAAUGGUUUAAACUUCCCUAAUCAUCUGGUAUAUCAUGGAGCCCAAGUUCUAGACAUUUUGGCUUUUUUUUUCUUUUCAGAGGACUGGUUUUGUCUUCUGGUAGACUUGUUACUUCAAAUACAUUGAAUUUAAAACUAAUUCCACGAUAUAUGUGUUUCCAAACUUCACUUUUAAUUUGGUUCAGUUUCCAGAAUUCCGAAAAUAUCUGUUAGGAGAUUUUUCAUCACGGAUGUUCAGAGUCUUUAUGUAUAUAGGAUGAUUUAAAAAGAAUAUUGUGACUGUGAUCAUUAUUGGAAAUAAUAAUUGAUUUUUUAGUAACAAAAAUUCCAAUUUUAUCGAAAAAUAUUCCUAUUAUUUAGUGAAUACUUUAUAUUAAACGUUUUAUUGUAAAUAUGGGUUGAGUAAUAAAUGCUAUAACUAUAAAUAAG